UCGCUCCAGUUUUCCACCAUUUGGUGACAAGCGGUCACGCGGGCGUAGUGUUCUCAACAAUUCAUACUCAUCGAGAAUCGUUCAGAAAACCAGCAGAUAUGACGUUGCGACCAUUCCUGGGUUGUCUACCUGUCCUAGUGACGUGGUUCGCCUUCUCGCCUCCGCUCAUUCAAACUCAAGUGAUCUUUACCGCAGAUCAGACUCCUACGCCGGAUCCUCAAGCCUUUCUCAAACUCUUAAAUCUCUCCAGCAGCGACAGCAAUUCUCGGUGGUAUUACAGUAAAUCUGAUGGAAACCGUUUGUGGCAGUUCAAUAUUACCGACGUCGGGUGUCAAUCGGCAAGACUGCAUCUCUCCUCUUUCGAUCUAAAGGGAGAGGAUCGGCUCGCAGUGUACGGAAUUGCAUCGGAUGGAGAACGCGUUGGCGAGGAAAUCUUUCGACGAAAUAGUGGAAGGGAUGGUGAUGUAUUUACUCAUCGUGUGUGGGCGGAUCACCUGAUGCUCCAGUUCUAUGCGUCGAAUAGUCAGUCCCAGUUUGAUAUCAACUAUGUUCAAUACGGGGACUGUGAUAGGUCGACUGACAAUCGAGUCGGAUCCGUGUGUGGACACAAAGAUUGGGAGAAUGCGGUGUGUUACGCCACAAAAUACCCGGAUAUCUACAGAAUAGCAUCUGGGGUAGUAAAACUUCAGUAUGUACACAAAAACGUUGUCUACUCCGGGACUGCAUUUAAGGUAUCAGACGAUGGGCGUUUCCUCACCAACUACCACUGUCUGAGAAUCAAAAAAGUGAUGCCUUCAGUGGAGCUCAUGGUGCAUUACGACUCCGACAAUUGUUUGAGAAAACAAGGACAUGUAUCGAUGACAUUGCAUGGAGACAGCCUGUUGUGGACGAGUGGCUCAACAAAACUCGAUGCCAGCAUAAUCACUGUGCAGGAAGCUAAUAAAGCUAUAUACAUUCCAUGCCUUCAUAUGUCAUCUUCUGAUCCACUGAUUGGCCGACAGAUUGCCAUCAUCCAGCAUCCGGAUGGCGAGAGCAAAAAAAUCGCCAUCAAGUCAGAUAAGGAUGUCAGUGGAAACUGCACUAUCGAAUCGACAUGUGAAAAGGUUGAUUAUUGCUACAGGUGCGAUACGGACGAGGGAUCAUCCGGAUCUCCUGUUGUCGACUUCAAAUCGGGGAAUGUCGUCGCACUUCAUCACUUCGGUGGCUGUCCUAAUUCGGGUGUCAAGAUUUCUUCGGUUCGAAUGGCGGCAGGAAACAACAUGGGAGUUUGUUCAAAAGACCCAGUGAUAAACGCGGCUGUGCUCUGGGCUCACAACAACAAGACCUACUUUUUCCAAGGCAGCCAAUACUGGCUCUACGAUGACGACUGUGACUGUGUGGCUAGCGGCUACCCAAAACAGAUCGGUCCCAACUGGAAAGGAUUACCAAAUAAUCUAGAUGCUGCAGUGACUUCAAACAGGAGAACAUAUUUCUUCAAAGGCUCACAGUAUUGGAAAUAUGAUGACAACAACAACCAUGUCGCUGAUGGUUAUCCGAAAGACAUCAGUUCAGAAUGGCAUCUACCAAACAACUUGGACGCAGCCAUCAAGCACACAAACAACAAGAUCUACUUUUUCAAAGGAAAUCAAUUCUGGCGUUAUAAUGAGAUAAUGGGUAGGAUAGAUUACGGAUACCCGCAUACGGUCGACUCACACACGUGGCCUGGUCUGCCCUCGAAUUUGGAUGCCGCUAUUGUGUGGUCCAAUGGUCGGUCUUACUUUUUCAAGGCGAAACAAUAUUAUCGGUACAAGGUUCUCGAUGGAUCCUACCCAAAAUCCAUCUGCGAAAUGUGGAAAGGUAUGCCGUGCUACUAACUCUUCCUGUCACCGACAGUUACAAUGAACUCCAUGGGAUUUAACUUCAGUUUUUUGUAUUUCAAUGUUUUGGUAGAGAACUUUUACUUAGUGACAUGGCAUUCUAGCAUAGACAGGGAGCCUUUUAGCCUGUAGGUAAAACAAGCUGUGGAAUCUGCUCUCUCAACCAUGUACUCAUGGUUCUAGCACGAACCGUUUUUACCAUGAAAUUGAUGGUUGGAAGGUGUUUGUACGCAGUGUUCAUUAUGAGCAGGACUUUAGCAAGUUUCAACAUGUCAAGAACGAGCGAUCUUUGAAAGCAUAUGAAAAACACUAGUUUGUGCCAUCUCAUACAGAUAUCAGUUGAUGGUCUAGAACUCGAAGUCUUCAAGACUUUCAUUUGUUGAAGCAUUAAAGGUGUGGCAUGACAUGAAGUCAAGGCGAUUGCCUCAAGGCUCUGCAGCUCUAGGUUUAAUGAUAUCAUCUUUUAAUGGAACAUGCAUAAAGUACACAUAAUACCAGGAAAUUCAUUUUAGGAGUAGAUUUCAAUUAUGUUUAAGACUCAAUUCAUUGUACACACGCGCGCGC